GUUUUUAUAUUUAAUUUAAUAAACAAAAACAAAAGGCGUUCUGUGUUAGUGGAACGAGACAUGAAAGUUACUUUAUCUCUCGUCCUGCUUGUGAGCGCGUUAGCAUCGGGCAUGCGUCGCGGACCUCACCAUCCACAAGGACAGUCUUCUAAACACAACCACUACCGGCCUAGAGGCGAUCGACCGUUGACCGGCGAGAGUCAAGUACUACAUGAUAUAAAACAUAUAGAAGAGGACUCAGAAGUGCUAACGUCUGACGCUAUAUCAAGAAUGACGCCUGAAGAGUUAGAGUUCCAUUAUUUUUCUGCUCACGAUUUUGACAGAAAUUCAAAAUUAGACGGACUUGAAUUAUUGAAAGCAGUGUAUCAUACGGUAGACUAUGAAGAUCACGAUCAUGAGUCAGCGUCAAUAGAACCUGAGACAAACGAUUUAGAAUCGUACAUAGAUCUAGUGGACCGUACUCUAGAGGCAGACGACAUGGAUGGCGACGGCUACGUGUCGUACGCAGAGUACCGCGCAGCUCGCGCCCGCAGCAGAGGACAACGAACACACAGAGUGCUUGCUGACAAUUAGGCAUACUAGUUACAAAGUUAUUUAAAAAAUAUAUAGACUAGACAGGGAACAAGAUUUUUCACCGGGAACUUCUUUGUACUUUAAUUUUAGUUCCUUUCCGCCUUUAUCUUAAGAGGAAAGGAUGGGA